GAGAGCCAGCGGCUGCCGCGGCCAUGGGGACCGAGCAGGCUUCACGGAAGUCCAAGGAGUUCAAAGACCUGGCCGCGGCCCAUUUGAUAGGGUCAGGCUCACAUGCCGGGUCUCAGAGAAGCAGCUUUGCAGCCAGGAACCUGCCACCACUGACACCCCAGCAGCUGUCAGCGUUCCAGGAUAUCUUCGAGCUGUUCAGUUCCAGUCGGACGGGCAGCGUGGGCGUGCACAGCCUGCGAGCCGCCCUGCGUGCCGCCGGCAUCCACCUGAGCCCCUGGGAGAUACGCGAGGCCCUGCGGCAGGCAGACUUGGAUGGUGACGGAACUGUAGGCUUCGAAGACUUCCUGGGUGUCUUCACCAACAGCCACCGCCUCGCUCAGUACUUGGGCCAAGUGAAAGACAUCCAGGUCUGGGACCCCCAAGGCCUGCAGACCCUCUUCCUGGAGACGCUGUGCAAGCUGACGAGGCUGGGCUUUGUGCCCUACAAGUCAGUGCGGGAGGUGAUGAGCUAUUACUCCAAGAACCAGCAGGCCCUGCCGCUGACCCUCGGCUGCAGGGGCAGGUCGAGGGACCAAGGCUGCCCAGAGCGCAGCCACCGCGGCCUCAACUUCUAUUGCCAGGCCGAGCGGAUCAGCGGCCUUUCUCACGCCCAGCUGGCGAGCCUGCUGCACGGACUGCACAAAGCGGGUGCACCCCUUGGUGGGGCUGGGGGCACCCGCACGAGUGGGGACUCUCCCUCAGGCCCCAUUCUUAGGACUGGCCCCUCCUUUCUCUCUUACUGGCUUCCCCACCCCAGGUUCCUACAGCCCUUACUCUCAGAUACCUAA